AUGUCAACAGCAGUAAUACUCACCGCUCUCUCUGCCGCCGUCACGCAUGCUCAGCUAGCGACCGAUGCCGCCGAGCGAUUGGCAGAUCAGCUCGUCGAGGAACGCAGCCUUUCCGAGCCCCCAGUGAAGACCAUCGCGAAGACAAGCUCAGCUCGGCAGAGUCUUCCGACUGCAGAUCAACCGGUGCCGAUCAUAACACCUAAGGUCCGCGCACCUGAGCCCAAGCGCCUUGAUGGUCCUCCAGUCUUGCUGUCCCAUGCUGAGGAGCCCAUCACUGAUGUCGAUGGCGGUUGGGACGUCCCUGGUUUGGAUCUAGACACACAGGAGGUGGGUGCUGGUGCAACUCCAGUUGCUGUGACCAAUGACAAAAACGAUCGAAUAGCGGAUGGCAACCAAUCCAGAGAGGUCGCGGGUUCGAUCCCUGGUGACGAUAUUAAUGAGGAUGGCUGGGAUGUGGGGAAUCUAGGCCUCGAAGACGAUGUGCCCGGCUGGGAAGUGGAUGACAUGGGCUCAGCUCCGUCAAGCGAUGACUACCUUGCAGAGUUCAAUCGGCAACCCGUCCCCUGGGUGGCGAACUUGAUAGCUACGAGGGAACCAGAGAAGGUGCAAUCGGCUGUGGAGCACCUCACCGCUUCUGGAGGUGUGUGGAAUGGGUCCUGCGGUGACUUUAUCACUGCUGUAAGGACUGGCUUCAGUCGUCGUUCCCAUCCAAUGAAGUCACUACAGGACGUCUGGGAUAACCUUCGCCUUGUCUUCGGCUACCCUGGCGGCCUCUCGAGGUUGAUACCGCUCUCCCCUACAACCACAGAUGAGUUCAUGGCGGAGCUAGUGACGCGUGGCAUGAAUCUAAGCGCCGAGACGUGGCGCUCGUUGGGAGAUUCAUCAGCCGUGGAGGAGCAAGUCAACAGCCUACUCCAGAACUUCCAAGGUGGAGUUGAGUCGCCGAUGCGUCCACUGGAUUGGCUCUGUCUGCUCUGGCUCAGCCAUGUGUCUCAUGCGCCUCACAGCUUACAAAACUGUCUCUUCAACCGUUUCCUCGAGUCUGUCAAGGCGACCGGCUUUCACAAUCCGGGAGAGUUGAUCGAGACAUUGAGGCCCUUCCCCAACGAGGCUAGGGUCCAAUGCGCUGUGCCCGACCUAUUGGAGGCGACCUGGGAGGAGGCGGCCACAGUGGUAGACAAUAUGAUGCGCCAGCGGGAAUGGCAGUCUCAUCAAAACAUUGAUCUUUCUGAGUCUGAAGAGUUCUCUCUUGUAUGA